GAGGACGUCGACGUGAUGACGCAGACGGAGCGCCAGGAGCGUGGUUCAGCUCGCCCCUUCAGGAGGCGUGAGAGAGCUGUGCUUGUGGGGCCUUUAGGCCUGUUUGGGGGGGGGGCAAUGGCUCAUCGCUGCCUCUGGCUGUCGCGCGGUUGUUGCCGGCGCACCCCUGCUGGGGUCCCCGCAGCUCAGCUGCAGCUUUGGUCCCGAGGUCGAGCUGUUCCUUCCCGUUCCAUGAGACAGCUUCAUGAUAAAGUGAUCUCCCAGGUUCCUACAAACAGAAACAGUGUCCUUGUAAAUGUAAUUGCUGCUUAUCAAAAACUCUUUUCCCAACCUCCGAAAGGAUUUGAAAAAUAUUUUCCUGGGGGGAAAAAACCUAAUGAUGUGAAAGAUUCCGAUGGAGAACCCAAAGAUGCAAAGGAGGCAGAGUCCCAGCAAUCUUCCAAAUCUGGCAGUGGAGGAGGUAGUAGUGGAGGCAAAAAAGGUGGCAAGAAAGAAGAUUCCAACUGGUGGUCAAGAUUACAAAAGGGUGAUUUUCCCUGGGAUGAUAAAGAGUUCCGGUAUUAUUUCAUCUCAACUUCUCUUUUCUGGUCUGUGGUAAUCUAUUAUGUUAUCUUCAGGAAUUCUGGAAGAGAAAUCACAUGGAAAGACUUUGCCAACAAUUAUCUUUCCAAAGGAAUUGUGGACAAACUAGAAGUAGUGAACAAACGCUUUGUUAGAGUCGUCUUUAUUCCAGGGAAAUCUCCUGUUGAUGGGCAAUUUCUUUGGUUUAAUAUUGGGAGUGUGGAUACAUUUGAGCGGAACUUGGAAACUGCCCAACAGGAGAUGGGCAUAGAAGGAGAGAACAAAUUGCCAGUAGUAUAUACAGCAGAAAGUGAUGGUUCAUUUCUGCUGAAUAUGUUGCCAACAGUCCUUAUAAUUGGCUUUUUGCUAUAUUCAAUAAGAAGAGGAGCAGCUGGAUUAGGCAGAGGAGGCCGGGGAAUGGGUGGACUCUUCAGUGUUGGUGAAACAACUGCUAAAGUCCUAAAAGAUGAAAUAGAUGUGAAGUUCAAAGAUGUAGCUGGCUGUGAGGAGGCUAAAUUAGAGAUAAUGGAAUUUGUCAACUUUCUGAAAAACCCAAAGCAGUAUCAAGAUCUUGGAGCAAAGAUCCCAAAGGGUGCUAUUCUGACUGGGCCCCCAGGCACUGGAAAAACGCUUCUAGCAAAAGCAACAGCUGGUGAAGCCAACGUUCCUUUUAUUACAGUCAAUGGUUCUGAAUUCUUAGAGAUGUUUGUUGGUGUGGGCCCUGCUAGAGUUCGUGAUUUAUUUGUUCUGGCUCGUAAAAAUGCACCUUGCAUUCUCUUCAUUGAUGAAAUAGAUGCAGUGGGAAGAAAGAGAGGAAGGAGUAACUUUGGAGGGCAAAGUGAACAGGAAAAUACACUCAAUCAACUCCUAGUAGAAAUGGAUGGUUUUAACACCACAACAAAUGUUGUCGUUUUGGCAGGCACCAAUAGACCAGAUAUCCUGGAUCCUGCCCUUUUGAGGCCAGGUCGUUUUGAUAGACAGAUCUUCAUUGGGCCACCAGAUAUAAAAGGAAGAGCAUCUAUUUUCAAAGUUCACCUGAGGCCUCUUAAGUUGGAUACUACCAUGAAUAAAGAUAAUUUAGCACGGAAACUUGCAUCAUUAACCCCUGGAUUUUCAGGUGCGGAUAUAGCUAAUGUAUGCAAUGAAGCUGCCUUAAUUGCUGCAAGACAUCUUGCAGAUGCCAUAAAUCAAAAGCAUUUUGAGCAAGCUAUUGAAAGAGUGAUAGGAGGCCUGGAAAAGAAAACACAAGUAUUGCAACCAGAAGAAAAAAAAACAGUUGCAUAUCAUGAAGCUGGCCAUGCAGUUGCUGGAUGGUUUCUGGAACACGCUGAUCCACUUCUGAAGGUAUCUAUUAUUCCUCGUGGGAAAGGACUGGGCUAUGCUCAGUAUUUGCCGAAAGAACAGUAUCUGUACACCAAAGAACAGCUUAUGGACAGAAUGUGUAUGACUUUGGGAGGACGUGUGUCAGAACAAAUCUUCUUUGGCAGAAUUACAACAGGGGCCCAAGAUGACUUAAAGAAAGUUACUCAGAGUGCAUAUGCUCAGAUUGUUCAGUUUGGAAUGAAUGAAAAAGUUGGGCAAAUUUCAUUUGAUCUUCCCCGGCAAGGAGACAUGGUGUUAGAAAAACCCUACAGUGAAGCAACUGCAAGAUUGAUAGAUGAUGAAGUGCGAAUACUUAUUAAUGAAGCUUAUGAAAGGACACUAUCUCUACUUACUGAAAAGAAGGCUGAGGUAGAAAAGGUGGCUUUAAGGCUCUUGGAGAGGGAGGUUUUGGAUAAGAGUGAUAUGGUUGAAAUGCUUGGCCCCCGACCUUUUGCUGAAAAAUCUACCUAUGAAGAAUUUGUUGAAGGCACGGGCAGCUUAGAUGAAGAUACUUCACUUCCAGAAGGCCUUAAAGACUGGAACAAAGAGCGUGAGGAGAAAGAAGAGGCAACAGAUGAGGGAAUUGCCAGGCAAAUCAGAGGACACGUACCUUUUUAGUGUUGCAGUAUGAUGGUGUUGUACAUAAAAGUGACACAGUGUUAAGUUGCGCACUGAAAAGUAAAGGGGAAACACUUCAAAAAUCUGGUGCCCAAGUAUCCUCUGCUUUAUGGAACAAGCCUGCCAUGGCUGAUGAACUAGGAGGAUGGGUAUUUCCCUCUACAGAGUAUUCAGAAUCCACAGGAAGCUGUUUCCCAGAAUCCCUGAUUAAAAAGUAUAGUUCUUAGAACUAAUCGGUCUACAUUGAAUUUCUUCUAGAAUUGCAGCAAUUCAGAUCUGUUAUUAGAGUUGUGUACACUGAUAUAUUUAAACUGCCCUAGAAUGUACAACUUCCCAGAACACCAGAAAACAUUUUCUAUUUUUUGAUCACCUCUACCAAAUGUGAGUUGUUAAUAUCCUGAAAUUAUUGGUUUUGGUCAUAGAGUAUUUCCUGGGAAUCCCACAUGGCUUAUCAUAUGUUUGUUUUGAUGAAGCACAUAGGUUUCAGCCACCAAUUUGAAUUUAUUUCUUUACUUUGUUGUCCAAUAAAAAGACCCUGCAGGUAUCGGUGAUCAAACUGGAAACCUGGUAAUUCAUUAGAGAGAUGGGUCUGUGGCUACAAUGAAGUGUAAAAUCUAAAUUAUAUUACUGCAAUUUUAAUAAAGUGUGGAUUUUUUUUUACAUGAGAUUGUAAAAUACUGAGCAUACGAAUGUAUUUUGUAAAUAUAGUUUAGAAACAUUAAAUAAAAUAAGCACACUGGACUGUGCAAACAGGCA